AUGGGAAUUGCAAGUACGUUGGAAACUUUGUGUGGCCAAUCAUAUGGAGCCGGACAGCAUCAGAUGUUAGGCAUACACACUCAAAGAGCCAUGCUUGUUCUUACCAUUCUUUGCGUACCCAUCUCUAUUGUUUGGGCAAAUACAAAAUCCAUUUUGAUUUUAUUUGGCCAGGAUCACGAAAUCUCCACAGAAGCAGGAAGAUAUGCUAAGUUAAUCAUUCCAUACCUUUUUGCUUCUAGUGUUCUUCAGUGUCAGACUAGAUUUCUACAGACACAGAACAUUGGAGUUCCAAUGAUGCUCAGCUCUGGAGUAGCUACUACACUGCAUGCUGCUUUGUGUUGGGCGUUAGUGUUCAAAGCUGGCUUAGGGAGUACUGGAGCUGCCUUAUCAAAUUGUAUAUCGUAUUGGGUGAAUGUGUUGAUACUUGCCUUAUACAUAAAAUUUUCUUCAAGAUGUUCAGAAACUUGGACUGGAUUUUCAUUAGAGGCAUUCCAUAACAUUCCUUCUUUUUUGAAACUUGCUAUUCUUUCUUCUAUUAUGGUUUGCUUGGAAAUGUGGUCGUUUGAAUUGAUGGUUCUCCUAGGUGGUCGUCUUCCAAAUCCAAAGUUGCAAACAUCAGUGCUUUCUAUUUGUGUGAACACAGCAUCAACUAUUUGGAUGAUCCCGUUGGGAUUAAGUGGAGCUAUAAGCACUCGUGUAUCAAACGAACUUGGGGCUGGUAAUCCUUGGCCUGCACGUUUGGCAGUACGUGUAGUGUUAGUAGCAACCAUUAUUGAGGGUAUCCUAGUUGCAACACUGAUGAUACUGUUACGCAAUGUUUGGGGCCAUGUUUAUAGUAAUGACGUACAAGUGGUUAGACACGUGGGACUUAUGCUGCCAAUUCUUGCAGCAUCCAAUUUCUUGGACGGACUGCAGGGUGUUCUUUCAGGAAUUGUUAGAGGAUGUAAAAAGCAGAGAAUGGGUGCUUUUAUUAACUUAGGUUCAUAUUACGUAGUUGGAGUUCCGUCCGCUAUUGUAUUGGCUUUCGUUUUGCAUCUUGAAACAAAGGUUCAAAAUGCUGUUUAG